AUGCAAACGGAUAAUUUGAUUAGUGCAAGCAAUACCAUUGUAUAUUAUAAAGAGGUAGAUUACACGCCAUUGGGCAAAUAUUCAAAUUUAUAUUCCAGUACAAGAAGUAUUUUAGAAUCCACCUAUCUUGGAGGAGCUCCUUCCACAGCUGAAUAUGUCAUCAAUGUCCCUGUUGGAGUUACUGCUCAUAACUUUGUUAUAGAUUUAUAUCAAACCCAACAGGUGGUCUAA